AUGCUCUUUAGGUAUGAUAGGCAUGCCGAGAGAAUUCUCGGAUGCCAAGACGUUCAUGAGGGUUCUUGGUGCAUUGUCAUAGGGUGGGGCAGGGCAUGUAACUUUAACGAAGUUCUAAGGUUGAGCGGUUUAUGUUUUGUAGGCUCGCCCCUACAAGUCUUACCCCGCUCCACCUCAGGAUGCGUGCCCAGGCUCUCAUUGCCAAUGUUGUGGUACUCAUAUGCUGUUUUUCAAGAUUUCGUUAUAAAUUUCGCAGGCAUGGGCACUCCGCCAAUGCGAUCGCCAUCGAUGUAUGCAGAUGGUACUCCGCGUACUCCCAGACAGGACGAUGAAGUAGAAGAAGCGGCACCCGCAUACGUAAGAGCUAUGCGAAGUAGAUGUCAAAGCCGCGCUGGAACACCAACUAAUAUGGACACGACUGAUAAUGAAAACUCGGCUCAUAAUGUCCCGGAGCCCUCAAAUGGGCCGACGAGAACUAGUAAUGAUCCUACCUCAGAGCCUACAGAAAAGGUAUCGAAACCAACAUCAUUUGCCUGGCCACCGCCUACAGAUGAUCCUGAUUUGUUCCGUAAAUUUCGAUGCCCACCAACCCAACCAAGUACUUCUAAUGGGCAUCAACAAGACCUUGGACAUUCAACACAGCCGCCUGUUCCAUCUACGGCGCCUGCAACACCUCAAGAUACUCGCCAAUCAGAUAAUAACGCUGGGACUGACCUAACAAAUCGGAACAAGUCGACAGCGAACGUCGAGAGGAGAAGUCGUGCGCGAUCCACAGUUCGAGUACCUACGAGGAGAAGCCGACAAGAUGCUUUGUUAGAGGAAAACCCUUCCCCACCGCCUGUCAGUCGUCGAAGGACUUCUCGCAGCCCAACUCCAUUUCGACGCUCGCCUUCGCCGGAGCCUCGUCCUCGUACUCCUGGAGAAAAUCGACGGAGUCCUGCAAUGGGAUCAGCUUAUGAGCCAAGAGAAGAUCGUUUUGCACCAGCUGCAUCAACCAACAGGAUGAGCAGGCGUGAUACUGUAGGUGAUAGGGUACCGAUCGCACCCGGUGUUCAACGGAUG